CCGUACGGAUCGGAUCUACCUUUUAUCUCCAGAGCAAACCAAUCUAGAAUGUACUGCCCGCCAACUCACAACAUGUCUCCCUUUUACGUCGGUGACCUCACGCUCGACCCCGUCGAUGGAGAUAGCGCCCAGCGCCAUGCGCACUGGGAUGACAGUACUGUCCAUCUCAUCGGGGACCUACCCCUCCUCUCACCCGUCUCUCCUCCCAUUCGAGCGCCCGGAGCAGAAGACAUUCUGUUUUCUUCCUCCUCUUCGACCUCAACCUCCUCUCCUCAGAUGUCUGGUCUCCGCGUGCGAGACUCGCAAUCCGCCUCGGCAGAAGCAGACGAUCACCCCGACGACGAGUGCAUGGUAAACCCCAAGAACAAAAACCGCCGCACGCAAAACCGCCAAGCGCAGCGGCGCUUCCGCGAACGCAAAGAACAACAAAAGACCGCCCUCGUCACGCGCCUCGAAGACCUCCAGCACAAGCACGACGAGCUCGCCACCCUCCUCACCACAUUCCGAACCAAAAACCACACCCUCGAAACGGAACAGACCCGCCUCACCCGCGAAGUCGACGUCCUCCGCAAAUGGCGCCGCAAGCUGCUCAGCCUAAUGUCCGAUCUCGUGCGCCAGGACGAAAUGGCGAAUGACCAGCUCACGACGAUUGCGAAGAGCUGCUCGGAUACGUGCUGGCGGAGGGGAAUCGAGUAUUCGCGGCUGCUGAUUACCAUGCAGACGCUGCUGUCGUUGUUUGAGGAGUUGCAGAUUUCGCCGGAUGGGGGGUGA